CAGUCAGUCACUCAGUCAGUUUCAUCGACACUCACCUGGAUAUCAGAGCACGCGCCCGCGCGCGGUCACCCGACAGCUGUCAAUCACUUCACGCGCUCACUUUCUGAGACUUUAUUUAGGCUACUGUAUUUAUUUACUUUUUUUUCUUCUUUUUUUUUUACAUUCACAUUACAGGUAUUUUAUAUAUUUCUCUUUAUAUAGCGCUACAGGCACGCGCAGACUAAUCCAGGUUUGAAAAAAAAGCUCUGGGAGAGUUUACUAAAUCACCGGGCAGCGCACGAAAACAACAGUAAUUUUUAUUUCAUCAAAAACUCCUUCAAAACCUCAAGAAGAAUAAACGGAUUGGAACGGAAAUAGGGGAUUCCUUUCAAUUAAAAUGCGUCGCUGGAAAGUUGCUGAGGUUGCUGUACUGCUGUUUUUGGUGGGGUGUGUUCAUGCACUGGACCGCACACUCAUGCUGUCCAAUGAGAGGAGCUCGAUAGAGAGGACAUACGAGCUGACCAAAUACCUGGACCACCAGCUGAAGGAGAUCAGAGACACCUACCUGUCGUAUCUUGGGCCUCCAUUCAGUGAUCCCGGCUUCUCUCCUCCACGUCCCAACAGCUCCUCUCUGUCCGUGCCCAGUGCAGCUACACGCGUGGACUUGUGGCGCGGGCUGGAGAACGGUGCCCGUCUGGCACAGAACCAGCGGGCGUACAGCAUUCUCCUGUGUGCCGUGAGGGAGCUGGCGCGCUCCACCCUGUGCCCGUACCUCCAGAGCUCUCUCCUGCACUUCUGCUCCGGCCUCAGCGGGUUACUCGGCUCAAUAUCCGGCCUGAUGAACGCCCUGGGCUACACCAACCUGCCGCCCUCCACAGGAUACGCCACGCCCGCUCAAGGAUACGCCCCACCCAUGUCGUCACAGUUUCAGGGCGUGAGCGAGAACAGCCCCGCCCCUCUACGGAGUUACGUGCCUCGAAACAAAGGCGCUCACACCGCCUCCGGUGUGAGAGAGGGAACGACUCGGGCGGAUCUCAAGCGGGACAGGGAGAGGGAGCGUAGGAGGAGAGGGAGGAGGAAAGAAGGAGAGAGUUGGGUCGCCAAAGAGGAGGGAGAGAAGGAGGAAGGAAUGGAGAGAUGGGGGAAAAGGAGAAGACUGCUGAGCUUGGAAGAGGAGAAAAUGAUCAAACUGAACAACAUGAACUACACAACUUUAAAAGUCGGAGACGGAUACCGAAAGCAGCCCCUACUCUUUUCCUCACCAUCCCUCCAUCCUCGUCGAUCUAUCCGUUCCCUGCCGCCUCGUCACGCUGGUCUCUCUCCUCUCUCGCUCCUCUAUCAGUACGGAGGGCCGGCCGCUGAGGUUCACGCUUUGCUGGCGGCCCCUGUGAUGUCAUCACAUCCCACUCCUAAUGACUUCUCCCGGAAAGUUGAAGGAUUUUGGGUACUGCGGGAGCUGCAGAGCUGGCUGUGGAGAUCCGCGAAAGACUUCACCAGACUGAAGAAACGGCUACGCGCUUGAGAGAGAACAAAGGCUCUGGUCUAAAACCUAGUGAGCUGCCUCGCUGCCCUCUAACAACUUGCGGUCACAUUGGUGAAAUUUCAUGGACAAAAAAGGGUUGUCUAUUGACAAUAGUGUAGCGAUGUAUGAAGGACAGCUCACACAGAAGUCACUUUCAGACCUAGCAGUUCUCUGCAAAUUCACAUGACCAACUAGAACCUGUUGCGAAAUUUGCAUUGAUGCAAAAUUCCCAAUUGCAUGGAUUCCUAUUGAAAUGACUGGAUUUCACCCGCAAAAAUAUGCCGGACAACAGUGAAUGUGGCAUACAGCAUCUUAACAAGGAUGAUUGAAGCCUUAUAAAUGAAUGAUCCAACUGAUUCCAACAGAGGUUGAUGAUAGCUUGUUGCUAAGCUACCAACAUGACACUCCAAUCAGAAUAAAAAGCACAAAAUGCAUACAUUUUGGGUAAAACAGUCAGGCAGGCAGUUACUGUGAACUUUUGAUACUUUUCAACAUUGAAUGAAACAUACAUAUGUUUUAAUCGAGAUUUCUAAUGCU